UUUUCCAGUAUGUGUACGUUUGUGUGUGUGUGUGUGUGUGUGUGUGUGUAAAUUACUGCCAAGAAUAUCAUACGCAAUGUAUCACAUUUAACCCUUAUAGAAAUACCAUAUCUGUGCAGGCGCAAAGGGAGAGGAGGGCGCCCUCUGUUGAUGAAGACUGCAGCUUGAGAUGCAGCAGAAGCAGCAUCCGGUUAGGAGCCGCGGGGCCUGCGAUCUUUUUGGUUGUUGGCAUUCGGCGAGCCUCCAGAUGUAGUUGAAGGAGCAUCACGUUGCCCCCACUGGUCCACAUACCCCCACACUGCAUGGCUUCACUUGCUGGUGUCUCACACCGUGUCUCCAUAAGUCCCGACCUGCACACCCUCAUGCUGGGGUCUCAGGCCUCUCACAGACUGACCAAUGACUGCCUGGAUCGUUCUGCCUGUCAGCCUGUCUGCCUUUUCCAUCACAGGGAUAUGGAUUGUUUACGCCAUGGCAGUAAUGAACCACCAUGUCUGUCCUGUUGAGAACUGGUCAUACAAUUUGACAUGUACAGAGGAAACGGCUAAGAGGGGCUUCCCAAAGACCUGCUGCACUCUUCAAGACAUCCCCCUCAUUAGUAAAUGUGGUUGCUAUCCACCAGAGAGCUGUCUCUUCAGUUUGAUAGGCAAUGUUGGGGCCUUUAUGGUGGUUAUGGUGUGCAUGUUGCGUUAUGCUCAAGUGAUUGAACAUAGCCAUCAUUGCUGGACCAACACAAGUUCUUUGGUGUCCGGCUGCAUUAAUGCCCUGGGUUUAGUCAUGGUUGGCAACUUUCAGGUUGAUCAUGCCAAGACACUUCAUUAUGUGGGAGCUGGUGUAGCUUUCCCUGCCGGCUUGUUGUUUGUGUGUCUGCAGUGCGUUUUGACGUACCGUAUAGCAGAGACAGCGCUGGAUUACUGGAUGGCUCAUGUGCGUGUGGCUCUCUCAGCUGGAGCUCUGAUAUCGCUUGUCCUCAGUGGUAUCUUCUUCGUCCAUGAGAGUUUUGUAUUGCAGCACGCCGCAGCCAUCUGUGAAUGGGUCUUCACGGUGCUGGUCCUGGUGUACUACGGCACCUUCACCUAUGAGUUUGGCACUGUCAACAGUGACACCAUCAUGGCGGCCUUAAUGAAACGCAGUCAACAUCACCAUCCGGGGUCAGCGAUCAUCAUGGGGGGUAUCGGGAAGGGUGUUGCAAUGGGAUGUGGUGCCCGCAGUCUAAAGUCACCUGGUGGCAGCAGCACUUCCACACACCUCAACUGUACACCAGAAAGCAUCGCCAUGCUUUAGGGGUUAACCGCUAUGAUAUUCUCUCAGACCUCAGCGUAUAGACUCAGAACUCUUCUUCUGGAUCACAGAUUUGUGAAAAACUGGUGCAAGCAAUACAGAAUUACAGUAAGUUUACAGACUUGCUGAUUAUAAUCCAACAGUAAUGACCAGUUGGUCAUAACUAAGGUAUUUUGCAUGAUAUUUUGCAUUCAUUUUUAAGAUAACUCAAAGUACAGCCCCAGUAACCAGCACAGGCAAUUCUUUCCCAUGGUUCAUGGGGCCUCUGAUGGAAGUGUUUCGAUUUACUCUGUUAAAUCUGCAAUAACUCAUGUCUAAAGGUGCAUUCACACUGACAGCGAUUAAAUUGUUUAGGGUCAACGAGUUGACUGUUGGUGGCUAGUAGUAUUUCUGCAUCAGGAAAUCUUAUGGAAUACUGCAGGGAUGACAUAUUUUUGUAGGCCAAAACUUGGAAAUGAGUUAGCAUUUUAGCACUUCCGGUUCCAAUGUCCUGAAAGUCAAUUGGGUUUUUGCCUAAAUUCCUGAAAAAGGGUCUGUGGUUAACUCAAGAUACUUUCAUGUUUUCCCCCUGAGAUUUUUUUUUUUUUUUUUUUAAAGCUUUUACUUGUCUUGAAAAAGGCAGCUGCUAAUAAGUGGCUAAAUGACACUACAGAGGUUGUCGGAGAGAUUAAACAUCACACUGAACGGGUAAACUUAUACUCACUAGGCCGCUUUUUCAGCCUCGUUGUGUUUGUAAUUACGCUCUUGCAAACUAUUCUAAAUCAAAAUUUCAGGGAAAAUGUUUUUAUUUAUUUUUUAUGAAGACUUUGUCUAAAGUUGUCGUAAGCUUAGUGAUGGUGAUUUUGGUAAGUCGUGACAGUGGUGUAGUUUGCUUAGCGUCUGUUUAGCUUUUUACUUCUGCUUUUAGCCUUUUAUUUAGGCUUCAAAUUUCAUAAAAGUUGUUAAUUAUUUUUGUUGGACACAGAGUUUAUUUUCUGCAAUACUCCAAAAGCCAAUGAAAAAAAAAUCUAUUGGGUUUUUAUGGAGGGAACCAGGGUGAUGCUAACUACUUCAAAAAUAUGCCAUCACUGCAGCACUCUAUUGGUAGUCGGUGCAUUGUAUCUCUGCCUUUGCAUGAAGUUACGAAAAUCUAAUGCAAUUUGUUGCAGCGGUCUCCGACACUCAUGUCGCCCUAAAUCUCCAACUCUCAUUGAAAAUCAGUGACUUUGGUCACUUUGUCUUUGUCAGUGUUAAUCUGUUACAGAACUGCCAGCAAUACCAAGACACUCGUCUACUCAGAGAAGAUAAUUGGCUAAACCCAUAAAACCUUUCGUAACCCCUUUUAAUCUGUAGAAACUGUGAUUACACAACAGGUCAAGCCAUCACUGUAGCAGUGGAGAUGUUAAGUCAGUCGCACCAGCCAUUGCUGUCAAUAGUUGGGUUACAAUGAGGUUUAGGAACUUCAGUCUUCAGUUUAUGUAUUCAUUCCAAGUGCUCACAGCUUCGUUUGAUCUGUGGCACGGUAUUGGCAUGACAUCAGGUGCUGUGGGCCUUCUGUCCUAUAGCUCUGGAUACAUUGUGGCUGUAUUGAAUAAGAUUUAUGUGCAUCUCUGUGCAACCUUUCAAACGUUUUGGUGCUUUUGCCAAGUUUUUUCAUCACUUGAUCCAAAAACUGCCUACAUUGAUCAAUCCCAGGUAUCUUGCGAACAAAUUCUUAAAACUUCAGGAUCACAAAAAACAAGACUUUGUCUAUAAUUCUGUUGUUUUAUUUUAAGCACAGUCAUUUUUAGAUUAUAUUUCACUUUUAAAAAUAUAAGGCGAUAUUAAUCAGUUUUCCAAGAGAUUCAUCUUGAUCUUGAUCCCUUUUAUAAAAACUAUGCUUCUGUAUGAUUAAUUGAAAAUACCAUAUUUCAUUGCUUUUGCGAACAAACGCAAAGUUUCUUCGAGGAAACCAAUACAUUUGCAAGAGAACUUUAAAUGUUUGUGAGUUCAACACCACUUUUCAACAGAUCUUUUUUGUGUUCCAACAAGAAACUUUGUAUUCACUCACAAAACUUUUGUGUUCUCUUUCACAUGUUUUGCAUUUGUUCAAAAAACUGGUGAAAACUGUUUGAAUGCUUUUGUGAGCAAAUGCAAAGUUUCUCAGGGUAACGCAAUACUUUUGCAAGAGAAUGCAAGUUUUGCAAGCAAACACAAAGUUUCUCUGGGAAACACAAUUUUUUAUUCCCCCCCGAGAAACGCAUUUGGAAAAGCAUUGAAAUAAGUUUUUUUUUUUUUUUUCUCUCCAUCACCAGUUUCCCAGGUAAACACAAAACUUUUGCAAGAAAAUGCAUUGCAUUCCCACAAGAAUCUUUGCAUUCACUCGCAAAACUUAACUGGAACUGGUGAUGGAGGGGAAAAAAAGUGCUUUUGCAAGCAAAUGCAGAGUUUCUCCGGGAAACACAAUUUUGCAAGAGAACACAAACCUUUUGUGAGCAAACCCAAAGUUUCUAAGGAGAAUACAAAAAGUUUUGUGUUCCUGAGAAACUUUGUUCGCAAACAUUCUGCGUUCGCUUGUAGAAGUAUUGCAAGCUAAGUUUGAGGGAAAUUUAUUUUUCUUUCUUUUCUCAUAAUUUUUCCAUCACUUUGUCCUCUUAGGGAAUCAAUAGAACAUUUUGGACUUGAGAAAUAUAUCCAUUUCAAAACAGGAAAUGCUUUUGCUACAGAAAAUGCAGGCAAGCUUUUAUAUCUGCAUUUGAGAUGAAUGUUUAGAUGGUGAAGCAAACUAUUGGUGUAUAUUUGGUGCUGUUGACUGCUGAUGUGAGUCUCUCAGCAGUCAAACUAUAUUAUUUUUUUUCUCUUUUCAGGUGGAUUUGGAGAUAGUUUUGUGUAAUUAUUUCUCCAACAUGCCUAGUUCCUGUCACUUUGAUAUUAAUCUAGCAUCAAGACAGAAUCAGAGGUCUUAUCCAGUUUUUUUUAGUGUUUUGUUUUAAAAUAUUACUAUUUGUAAAUGAUGUGCAUUUGUUACGCAGAGCUGCUUGUAAGUGAAUGCCUUUAGCUGAGCAUAAUAUUGCAUAGAAUAUCAGUACUGCGAUUGAGACUGGGGUCUAGUCAGUAAUUAUGAAAUGAAGAAAGCUUCCUAAUCAGCAUCAUACCAUUGUUAACACCUCAGUUCCUACACGUCAUUUUGUAAUAUAUAGAAUACUUCAAAAGAAAUUCUUAUAAUGUAUUGGAAACGAUGUAGUGCAGUAAAGGGGAAACCUAAGUAUUUUUUUUUUUUUAUUAUUAUUUAGUGGACCCGAAAUGUGAAAUCCUCCAUAAUAAGCUGUAUUUUGACUACACAGUAUUUUAGUUUUUUGCUCAUAUUUUAGUAUAUUGCUCAUUUGAAAGCAAUACGUUAUAUUGAGAAUUAUUAUAAAAACCAAUGACAGUU